AUGUUUUGGCAAAUAUUCUCUGCCCUAGCAGCCUUAGCUGCUGUUGAUGCUCAUGGCCUCCAACUCAAUAAGCGAAGUUCCGGGCUCGAUGUGACACUGGCCGCGCCUCUCACCUACGGGUCUGCCGAAGUGGUCGCAACGAUCAAGAACGCCGGCAACACCGACCUCAAUCUGCUCAAAGUUGGCACUAUUUUGGACAGCAACCUUCCUGUUCAGCGACUCAUCGUGUUGGACGAUGCGGGAAGUCAAGUUCCAUUCAUUGGCAUCGAGCCAAGUCUUCGAUACAACGCCCUGAAGCUGGGUCAUUUUCAGCAUCUUGCAGCCGGAGAGUCCGUUACUGUGAACAUCGACGCUGGCAAGGUGCAUCGAUUUGACAAGUCAGGCACUUUCUCGUUUACUGCAGAAGGCGUCAUACCCGUCGCCUUGACCUCAUCUACAGACUUCUCGGAGCCUGCUGUUGCUUUCAAGUCAAACACUGUCACGCUCGAAGUUAAUGCAAACACUGCUAGCGUGUCUUUGAUAACCUCAGCUCUCGGAGAGCGAACCAACUUGCAACCUGGUUGUAAUGAAACAACGCUAGAAGUCAGUGUCAAAGCUUUGGCAAACUGUCAAAAUUUGGCUCUUGCCGCCGCUGCAGACGCAUCAGAUUCGUCAUCCAAGAGGUUUGUCGAGUACUUCGGAACCAACUCGUCAGACACUCGCAACAUUGUUGCAACAAGGCUUCGGAACGUGGCACAAGAAUGCUCUACCACGGACUCGGGAGUCUCUCGCUUCUUUUGCUACGACUACUAUGGUUGGUCUCUCAUGAGCGUUGAAGCUACUAUUCCUGAGCCGGAGACUACGGUCCUCCGCUUCGCUUCGGGGAACGGCCCGGUUACACGCCGGAUUCUCCGCAAACCUCUCCGCGAUGCCCUACCCACCGAAAUCCCGAUUAUCGACAUAUCCCCAUCCUUCAGCGAGGACAUCGACGAUCGAAAGGGCGUGGCACAGCAAAUUCGGAAAGCCGCCACAACAUCUGGGUUCUUUUACAUCAUCAAUCACGGCAUUGAUUCGUCCAUUACCGACUCUGCCCACGAAGCUUGUCUUCAUUAUUUUCGCCAAGAUGAAGAGGACAAGAUGCGAUCCUGGGUGGGUAAGAGCCGGUACUUCAACGGCUAUAAGCCGCCCGGUUCACAGCGUAUCAACAAGUCGGAAAGCAUCGACGUGAGAGAGACUUUCAGCUGGACGUAUGAUCCUCGGCAUGACCCCGAUGUUGACGAUGUCGUCUCAAUCCCAGAAGAUGCGAGGCGUUUUCUUCGGAUCGAGGAUUUUCACUGGGAAGGAGCAUCCAAUCAACCGAAUUUUCAGAACUCCAUCAUCCGCUACUGGCAGUCGUGUCUCAAGCUUGCGCGCGUCUUGGUGCGUGCCUUUGCGUUGUCUCUGGAUCUACCUGAAGAACACUUUGAUGCAAAGUUCAAGUAUCCCGAUGCUGCUUUAGCACUCAACUACUAUCCUCCACUGUCAAAGACAUCUCAAGCUACUCUGUCAAAUGGGGAUGCGCAAGUUUCAAUUGGAUCCCAUACGGAUUUCCAGCUCUUCACUAUUCUCUGGCAAGACGCAGUUGGUGGACUGCAGGUCCUCAACCGUCAGGGCCAGUGGAUCAGGGCGGCUCCCUUACCCGGGACCUUUGUGGUAAACAUUGCCGACUACCUUCAACGCAUCACCAACGACCUUUACGUCAGUACUGUGCACCGAGCCCAGAAUCUCAGUGGUCAGGAACGAAUCAGCAUGCCCUUCUUUUUUGGAUUUGGUUUACAUGAGAGCUGCGGAGUUGUGGAGACAUGUGUCAAAGACGGAGAGAAGCCCAAAUACGAGGAGAUCGGUUGCGAAGCUUGGGUGCAGCGAAGAGCAAAAGCCAUGCAUAGAGUUGAGUCGGACGGAGAAGCAGACGCGUAA